AUGCCAAAUCCAUAAGGUGAUACUGAGCCUAAAAAACCAGUUAAUCUUAAAUAAUUAUAUCCUUAGUUGCAAGAUGACUGGGAAAUUUAUGAUUUCGAUAUGAUGAACAGCGAACCUCUUAACUAAUUUAAUGUUUACUUAUUGGGGAUUCAGAGUUUUAUUCAAAGUAAUCGAGAUUUAAACUAUAAAAUAGACCUACAGUAAAAUAGAGAUGUUAAGAAACUUAAAAUCACGAUUUCUACCCUUCACUAGCAGAAUUAAUACUUACAAAGACACAUGGAGAAUAGCUCUAAGCUGAAGAAAGUGCAAAGGAUUGGCGAGACUUUGCACAUAAUUUAACACAAAUAAAAUGGGUAGCAGUUUUAAAGUAUCAAUAAUAUUUACGAUGAAGAUGAACUGGAAGAUUAUAAUUUUGUAAAUUAAGAUAGUAUACUUGGAAAAUAAGAAUAAUAAGAUGUUAUGGUAGAAGAUUAAAAUCAUUAUGAUAUAAGUCUAUAUCGAUAUGCACAUAGCAAUACUAGUGAGGGGAUGAGACAUGAUAAUACAAUUCAGUAGUCUUUAAUUUAAGAUAAUUAAAGUAGUCAUAAAGUUGGAGGAAGAAGGAUAAAGCAAAGACAGCCUAAGUAAAGCAUGAAGAUUGAGGAAAAUUCAUAGAUUCUAAUGGAUCAUUCUUAUGAAGAGUAAAUAAAUGACUGGAGAAAUAAAUAUCAAGAAUUGGAAGAGAAAAUACAAACACUCAUACUAGAGAAUAAAGCAAGCUAAAUUUAAGAUGCAUUUAUCUCGCAUCAACUACCAAACAAAGUGCUAGAUAAAAGUAAAACUUAAAAAAUCUACAAUGCUCCAGCGCAGCAUUUCAACCAUGUGAAUUUAAAUUAUAGACCUAAUUUCGCUGAUCAAUAUCAUUAUCAGCAGUUCUCAUAAUCUAUAAAUGACAGGAAAAUGACUAAUGAAUCAACAGUUGAUGGGUAAUAAUCAGUCAGAGAUCAAAUUAUAAUAAAGUAGAGUAAAUAUAAUUAGUAAAAGCCAUCACCUUAAAUUCAUAAGCAUAGCAAACAGCCUUCUGUCCUCAAUGACAUUUUUGUUGUCAAAAUGGGAGGAGAUCCAUUCUAGUUGAACAACAGCAAAUCUCAUAUGCCGAACAUAAAUAUUAAUGAUGAAAGACUUAUCGGCUCGAGACAGACUUAAUUGUAGCCUUAAAAGAAUGAAAGAGUGGUAUAUCAUAAUCCAAUUAAUUUUGACUAUAAUGAUUAAAAUCUUUCAAGGCUGCCUAAAUCACUAAAUAAUAGUAAUAAGAGAAUCAAAAUUUUGAGAAAUAAAAACAAAGUUUAGAGAGCUAAUGAUUAGUUUUACUUCAAUCAGAAUCAGACUAUAGUUUAUGGGGGAAAUUAAAGUGGUCUUAAUUUGAACCCUGAUAAAUAAUCACUAAGUCUAAUGUAGAUUAACAACAAUUCAGCAGUAUAGUCACCAUUAAACAUGAAGUAAACAAGUAAAAAUUACUAUUUCCAUUAAAAAUAUCACUCUGAACUUCAAAAUCAAUUUAGUUCUAAUGAGUCCUCAUUUCAAAGAAUAACUCCUGAAAUUCUUGUUGAUAAGGGGUUUGUAGGAGGGGGCAUUAGAAAUAUAAAACUAAGCAAUAUGAAGGAUAGCAAAAAGCUUCAGCAAAAAAUUUAAGAAUAAUUAAAACCUUCUUAGAAGCAUAUGAUUAUGAUGAGUAAAAAGCGAAAGUUAUUUGACCAGGAUGAAUGGCUUUACAAGAAUAUUAAGAACCUGAUGUUCAAAAGUAAAAACAGCAUUGACGAAAAUGACGUGAUAAGUAACAAUGUUGGGGGUAAUAUACCUUCAAAUAACAACAGCAAUAUAAGUAAUAAUUAAUUAUUGCCAAAUGUAAAUUAAAGGUUUUGA